AUGCCGAGACCGGAGCUUGUCGCCAUUACCCUUGCCUUCUGCGUCUCUGGGCGCCCGGAUUGCAGCCCAGGCACCUGUCAAACCCUUCAGCCUUACUUCGACUGUGCGUUUGAUGGGUGGGGCACAGGAGGAGGCGGAAAUACAAUUGCAACAGCGAAGUGCGGCGCUAUUGCCGGAGACAUUGUAGUGAGAACAGGCUUUCAACUUCCAUCCUAUGUCGACCAUGGAGGCCAGCCACUUUUCUUCGACCGAGCGGAGGCUGUAACAAGCUUGCAAAAUCUGACAUUUUCAACCGCUGAGGAGUCUUUCGUACUUCACGCCGUGGCUUAUGGAUUAACUGGUGAUAGUCGGCACAUCAGACGUUGGAUCCCAAAGGAAGAGCUUCUGCUCGAACACCAGUGGCGCGAGUACUCAGUUUGGAAGACGCGACUUGUCUUUGAAGUUGCGGCGCCUGCUGCAGAAUGCCAAUUCUGCAUGCAUAUGUCCGUGCCAGUGUAUCAACUCGGUGGUCACCAACUCGAAGAACCUGAUGAAUUCACCAUGCAGGUCUCAGUCAUGCAACGGCUUGUACCAGUGAAGCUUAGCUCUCUCCCGCUGCCAGACCUCCUCCAAUUCCUCGUUGGCUACGUACAAGACCUGACUGCUUUGGCACAUGCAAAUAUUUGGCACGAUUGUCACAUCGGCAACGUGCUGAUGCAGCAGCCGGAAGGACAGGAUGUCACCUUCUACUGGCACGAUUUUGCAGGUUCUUCCUUUGGGACUUCCAAGCCAAGAGCAGAGGUGCUGAAGGAGUUCAUCAGGAAGAUGAACGAAACCAUCGCAGAAACACUUGCUGCCCUCGAUCCGACGCUGUCGGUUCCGAGCCUGUGUGGAUAUCUCCUCCCCAGACAUCAACGAGGAGAUUUUGAAGAGGUAUCUUCGUGA